AUGAAUAAUGAAAAAUUAGAAGAAGAUUAUGAGGAUGAUAUUUUAGAAGAAUAUGAUGUGGUAUUAUCACAUAUUAAUGAUGUUUCAUUCCAUGUAUUCCAGUUUCCUCUAACUCCAGCUAAUAGAUCUCCUAGUAAUGGAUGGGAAUCGGCAUAUUUACGUCUAGAUGGAAGUGCAUUCCAGCUUUCAUACUAUGCUAAAAACCAAAAAAAAUUGCAUGGAGAUGAUAAACUAUUAGGUAAGGAACAGGAUCAAUCUGGAAUAUUCAAUGAAUUUAAUAAUGAUAAUACUGAGAAUAAGUAUUUAUACACUUUGAAUAGUAGGUCUUGCUUAUCUACAGCUAGUAGCUUAAUAGCAGGAUAUAUUAAUCAUGAAAAGAAAAAGUUAUAUAUAACUCCUGUAUCUAGUAUUCAGCAGUUUCGUCCAAAUUUUUCACAUAUAGAUUUGAGAAAGUCUAACUCAUCUAUUACUGUUGGUAACGUUGAAAGGAAUGCUGGUAAUAUAGAUGACAAUGAACAGCGAGAUUUAUCUCUUGAUAAUUUAAUUAUGAACCGUGUAGGUAAUCCAUCAUUAAGCAAUACUUCAGAAUCAUCAGUUAUAAAUCAAGAUAAAUUUUUAACUAAUGGAGUAGAAAAUUGGAUAAAAAUCCCAUGUUUAUUUGAGAGUGGUUCAUAUGAAUCAAAAGAAUUAGUUAAACUACUUUGUGAAGAAAAUUUUGAUGAUUUUAUAAUUUGGCCAAAUUCUAUUAAUAUUUAUGAGCUAAUAGAUUCAAAAAGUACUUCUAAAAGUAUAUCAUUAUAUCAUACUGAUAAUAGAACAAUACUACAACAGCUUGUACAUUCAAUUCAAUUAAGAAAUAACAAACUAUUAUUUGAUUCCAGUUUAACACGAUAUCUUGAUAUAUUAUGUGGUAUAAUAAGAAGUCCUACAGGUACUGUAAGACAUAUUCCAUUUGGUGGUAGUGGACAGGUCCUCCCCUCUUUAAGAACAGGAGGUUUACCUAAAAUAUACACUUCUUAUCAAUAUCCUCCUAUAUGCCCUACAUCAAGUUUAGGUGGAUGUAUAGGUUACAACUUUGGUGGAACUGAAGAAAAUUUUACAAAUUGUAAAGUGAAUUUGGAUGAAUUUCCUAAUCAUGGAAUACCAGGACAAUUAUUAGUUUUUGAUGAUUGGUUUCAUCAAGGACCACUAUCAUUCAGAGAACUUUAUAAAAUGACUUUAGAAGAUCAGAUAAAAAGAAUAACAUUAGUUUAUCAAGUUAUUUCAUUUUCUGGGAUUAAAUAUAUACUUAAUAGAAUAUAUACAAUUAUUAAUGGAAUUCCAAAGUACAAUACUAAUUUAAAUUUUGAAACAUCUUCAAUUGAUAUAAAUAUCAAUGAAUUAUUAAAUAAAAAUUAUAAAUUUAAUAAUUUUGGGAAUAUUCCAGAGGGAAAAAUAAAUGAUAAAAUAAUUAUAGAUCAUUUAAAGAAAUAUUGUGUAUUAGUAUCAGGAAAUUGGAUAUAUCGAUCUGAUCUACUAUAUAAUGAAUAUGAAGCAUGUUGUAGAGAUUUAAUAUUAGUUUUAUUACAGAGAGAUGAAAAUACAGGACUUAAUAGAGAACCUAUCAGAGUAGCAACUGAUCUUCCUCAAAUUAAAGUUACAAGUAUGUUACAAGAGCUUGCUAUAUAUAAAUCAACAGCAUGGUAUCCAAAAUUCUCAUUAGAUCGAAGUUUUAUUGAAGAAUUUCCACAGGAAUAUAAGUACUGGAAAAAUUAUUGGGAUGAUAGGGAAAAAUAUGUAGUUCAGUAUAUCAGACAAAAUAGAGCAAAUGUCAAUAUAACACUUACAGCACUUAAUGACAGCUCUACAUCACCUACAAGUAUAAGUAAUUCACAAUUACAACUUCUAGUUGGCUAUAUACUACGAACAUAUGGUGCUAGGAGUAUUAUCGACAUUCAUAAUUUAUGUAUAUAUCAUUUACAAGUAAUGUCAUUAGGUAAUCCAUCUCUAAUUUUAAAUUAUAAUAAUCUAAAUAAUAAUAAUAAUUUAGAUAGUGGGACGAAUAAUUCUGCAAAAUCUUCGAUACAAAUAGAACAAUCUCAAAAGUUUAGUAAUAACCGAGGAUUCCCCAAUAAUAAUACUUCAAUUUUAUCAAGUACUUCUUGCCAAAAUUUCUUUGCUCCUUCUUAUGCUCCACCAAAUAUUAGUCAUGCUCAAUAUCCAAUGAGACAAGUAAGUGAAUUAGGAAUAACUAAUAAUCAAUUUGGUAAUUUUAAAAUACAUCAACAAGACCUUAACAAGGCAUUAGAAUCUGUUGCUACUUGUAUAUAUUAUGAUAUAUGGGUUAUAUCUAGUAUUGGUGAUCCACGUAUUGAUGGAAUUAGACGUAUUAUUAUUGGUUACCUAAAAUUAAAUAAUAGAGAUGAUGUCUUUACUAUUACUUCAUUUAUUGAUAAUAUUAAACAUCAUAUUAUACAGAAAUGUAUUGAAUCAUAUCAUUGCAAUGAAUGGUGGUGUACCUCUAAAGAUAAUUUAGUAGAUAAAGAGCAAAAUAUCAUCAUUAAUACACAAUCACAACAUGCAGUAUCCCUUAUUAAUCUUCUUAAUAAUAUUCCAGAUCUUAUCUGGAGAAGAAUUUUACAUGAAUUCGCAUUUCCAAUAAAUACAACAUCGACUGUGUGGUCUCUAAAGGGCAGACAACAAAAUCAAGUUGAUAAUAAUCUAAAUAUCCCCAAUAUAGGUACUGUCUAA